AUGAGAUUCCUGAUCGCUUUCGUCGCCCUCAUCGGCUAUGCCUCAGCUAGCGCCAUCCUAGCUCCAUUGGUCUACGGCGCCAACGCCGGUGACGUCCAGGCCGCAGCCAUCGACGCCACCGUGGCCGCUCGGGACACCGUCCGCGCCAUCGGCGAAGGACAGGCCAGAGCAGCUGAAGCCGUCGUCCAGCACAACACCGAAGCCGUCCGCCAGGUCGCCGAAACCAACCGCAACCUCCACGAGAACGCUUACUGGGGCAAUGUUGCCGCUUCCCAGAACUACGUCGCCGCCGCUCAAUCCCAGGUUGCCGCCAUUGACGGCGUUGCCGCUGGUGUCCGCGCUGCCUAUGCUGGUGCCCCAAUUGUUGGCGCUUACGGAGUUUCCCCCUACGGAAUCGCUGCCCCAUACACCGCCUACGGCGCGUACGGUCUUGGCCUCCACGCCUGGUAA